AUGAAUAGCACAAUAUUCAUUAUCCCCGCAACCGUAAGACCCGAUGCAGGCUUUACUCGCGCCGGUGCCCACUUCUCUUUAUCUUUGUCCUUCUCCUUGUGUGAGGGGAGUGCAUCAUUUGAAGAUGAUGAGAAGGAGAAUGAAAAGAAUGAGGAAAAGAUGUUCCUAAUUGAACAUGUUCGUGAUGAGCAUUUUAGCUCGGAUCUGGAUGGAAACCCAGGAUAUCGUGCUUCAAGGGCACGUUGCCAGUAG